AUGCCCCGCCCCCAGUCAAACAUCGACGACCGCGCAGCCAUCACGGCGCUCCUCGAGUCGUCCUACCUCGGGGGCAUGAAGGCCGGCUCGUGGACGCAGGCGAAGGACGCCUUCCACCCCGACGCAGUCAUGUACGGGUACAUUGGCGCGCCGAGCGCGCUCACCGGCCCCGCCGCGCCCAACCUCGAGGCGUUCCUCGCGUCGUCGGGCCCCUCGCCCAACGCCACGGGCCAGGUCGAUAUCCUCGACGCGACCGACACCACGGCCCUCGCGCGCGUCACUGUCCAGAACACGGCGGGCGGCGCAAACUUUGUCGACUUUAUGUCGCUCUGGAAGACGCCCCAGGGGUGGAAGAUCAUCUCCAAGGUUUUUGUCGCGUACAGCGAGUAG